GACGGUAUAUCUAUUCACGAGAGCAACCUCCGGCGAGUUCGGAGACCCUCGAGUCUUCACGAAGACCAAGCAGCCAACCCCGAGAGGUCGACACGCGUCGUUCACUGCGGCAGGAUCGCACCACGUCUCUUCCGCAGUGAGGAAGGGCGGCGUUCGCUUUCCAGAGAGCUCCAUUGGAAACGCACGCUGGAAACCUACCGCGAUCAAUCCCGCGACGUUGAUUGCACCCUCGAGCUCGAAACCACGGAUCUCUAGCUAACGAUCGCUCGAUUUCUCCGACAAUAUUCAACAAGAGAGUUAAAAGUGUUUUUUCGGGGCCAAAGCAGCCCGGCAAGCGAAGAAGCUCCGGGAUCAAAGCAACAGCAGGAAGACAUGGGUCCAAUGCCGGAGGCUUCAGGAUCUGGGAUGACCGACGAGGAUGAUUAUUCGACUUUCGAGAAUAAAACCGGCCUGGCCGAGGACAUGAAGUUUUUGGCGAGCAUGCCGGAACUCUGCGACGUGACAUUCCUCGUCGGUGACACCAGGGAGCCAGUUUGCGCCGUGAAAGCUGUGCUUGCGGCGAGAAGCAGAGUCUUCCAUAAAAUGUUAUAUCAAACUCCGAGCCCGCAACGCAAAAAGGAACCGCCGGCGCGAGAAAAUAAAAUUCGGCUCUUUCUCAAGCGCAGCUCCGAGCCACUGUUAAAUCUGCAGAACGCUGCGCAACAGCGGUCAGGGUUCACGCAGCAACUGGCUCCCAUCCAAGAGCCGCAAUCACAUCAACAUCACACGCUGAUUAUCGAGGAAUUCGAGCCCGAUGUCUUCCGGCAGCUGAUCGAGUACAUUCAUACGGGAUGUGUGACAUUGCAGCCUAGGACCUUGCUUGGGGUAAUGAACGCCGCCGAUUAUUAUGGAUUGGAUGAGCUUAGACGAGCCUGCGCUGGCUUUGUUCAGUGUUGUAUAACCGUUGAUACAGUCUGCGCUUUGCUAGCAUCAGCGGAGCGUUAUAUUCAAUAUAAAUGCACGAAAUCCUUGGUUCAAAAGGUACUGGAGUUUGUCGAUGAACAUGGCAAUGAAGUAUUGAAUUUAGGAUCCUUCACACUAUUGCCACAACAUGUGGUACGCUUGAUUCUUGCCAGAGAAGAACUACGCGCAGAUGAAUUUACGAAAUUUCAAGCGGCACUAAUGUGGAGUAAAAAAUAUUGUGACAACAAUCAAAAUACACCGUUGAAAGACGUAAUUGGUAAUUUCAUCGAGUACAUCCAAUUUCACAAAAUCCCGGCGACCGUACUGAUGCAAGAAGUGAAUCCAUUGGGAUUAGUGCCACCAGAGAUCAUCAUGAACGCGUUAGCUUAUCAGAAUUUGUUGCAGGCAGACCCAACAAGUGUCGACCCCAGAAAAUUCUCUCCCCACAGAGUGAGGAGACAGGGUCGCAGCAUGUCGGUCCAGUCGUCGCUGGAUCCGUAUGGCAGCAUCACGACCUUGAGCUCGAGUGGCUCCGACGCCGGAUCGGAUCAGAAACAAAAUUCUGGUAGCAACUAACCUCAGGCCACGGUCGCAUUAUUUGCGGCCGUUUCGGACGAGCCUCGACGAACCGAGGAUAUUUGUGGCCCCGACGAAGGAGCGGCGCCGGCAGACGAUGUUAUCGCGCGAGAGAAGGAGCAGAAAGAGCGACAGCGUUCGCAGCAGCAA